ACAAUGAGGAGUACUCUUCUAUUUCUACUUCAGCUUCUUCUUUUAACUUCCAUUAUCAAACAGUUACCGGCGGUAGCCGAUACCAUACGUGACACGGCGGGUGACGAACUCCGAUCUGAUGUCGAAUACUAUAUCUUGCCAGUGAUAAGUGGGGAAGGUGGUGUCCUUACUCUCUCCAACUUGGGUAAUGCAACCAAAUGCCCUUUAGUUGUUGUUCAAGAGCAGGUUGAGACGUCUACCGGCUUUCCGGUAACUUUUUCACUGGCAGACACAAAUGAAGUGAUCAUUCAAGAGUCAAUGGAUCUCAAUAUAAAGUUCUCUGCCGUGACAACUUGUACACAAUCAACUGUGUGGCAGCUCAAAAGCGAUGACGAGUCGUCGAGUGACCAGAGAUUCGUCACGACCGGUGGUGUUGAAGGCAAUCCAGGAAGAGAAACUCUGGCAAAUUGGUUUAGAAUUGAGACAUAUGAUGAUAAUUAUAAGCUUAAUUUCUGUCCUUCUGUUUGUGAUAGCUGCAGACCUCAAUGCCAGGAUAUAGGUAUUUUAGUCGACAACAAUGGUUACAGACGUUUGGCAGGUUUGGAUGAUGAGGCCUUCAAGGUCAAGUUUCAGAAGGUUUGAGUGGAAGGGAA